UAUUUAUAGAGGGUGUAAAAGCAAAAGUAUUUAUCAGAGCGAAGCCAUUCCUGGUUCAAGAUCGUCGUUAUUUAAGGUUGCAGCAACUUAAGAUGGAUUUCAGUGUGCAGAAUAUUAAGAUGGGUGUUGAAAAUGUUCGCGACAGCAACGCUAUAAUUGUAAUGGCAGCGUUGAAUCUUUUCAUUAACACCAACAGCCAAGAAUUGCUGAAAGAGAUGAAACCGGAUCUAAGAAGGAAAUUAGUUCAAGUAAUGACGACUUUCGUGGAAAGGAUCUUUGCUCAGGUACCAUACGAUGCUUGGAUUAUAGAUUAAUUAUGAAAGUUGAUAUGAUGGUUAACGAGCAAGAAUGACCAAAUAUUCAUUAAUUGUUAAAGAACAAAAUAACUAAAAUGUCUCCCGUUCGUAUUUUGUUAAUCUUUUUUUGGAAAAGGAUUUUCCAUCAAAUGCA